GCCGUUUUUUGUUUGUUUACAUUUUUGCAGAAUCGUUACAUUUAAAGGUAUUCGGAUUUUUUUAUUUGCCUAUAUAAAAUAUUUUUAAAAAAUUUAACUACCAAUCUUUUUAAAGUAGUUAUGACAUUUUUGUACGAAUGUUCUAGUAAUUUUUGCUAGUGGCAGGUUAAGUAACAGCCAGUGAAUAAGAGCUUGAAAGUUUGUCAAAAUAAACUAAUCAAAUAAAUAAACAAAAAAAAAGUUGCUAAGAAUUUCGUAACAUAUUUAUUAUGAGGUAUCACUGUAAACUAAUCUUGUAAAUGUAAGAAUCCUCCUUGAGUAUCAAGUAUGGAGUUUGAAAAAAUUGUUUUCUAAGAAAUCCUGUAUAUGACCGAAAGAGAAAAUAUGCAAUUAUCUUAACCCACCAGGUAAAGAAUGAAAUAAGAAUAGACUAUUAACAGUACUAUUUCCAAAAAUAAAGAAAAAUCAUUCUAUCUGCUUUCUCGAGUAUGAUUCCAUUACUGCAAUACAUAAUUUAAAUUUUUAAAAAAUGGUGAGGUUUAAGUUAUUUCCUUGUAAUGAUUUCAGCAAUUAUUUUGAUUGUGGCCAUCAACUUAUUAUUAUCGCACUGUGAUUUUAAUGUCAUAUUUAAAAUUAAAUGGGCGAAAAUUAUAUUCACAAUUAAACUGGAGUACAGUGAAGAGCUUAGGAAGCAUUCCUUAUGGAUGAUGUCAAAGAAAUAAUAUCUACCGUGAAUGCACGAGAUAGCAUCACGAAUAACGAAACAAAGAAAAAGCCGUUCGAAUGCGACGUAUGUGGCAAAACAUUUAUUAGAAAACCUUAUCUAUCUCUUCAUUAUCGCACACAUACAGGAGAAAAGAAUUAUGUUUGUGAAGUGUGCGGUAAAGCGUUUUAUCAAAAAAGCACUUUAACACACCAUUGUCGUCGUGCUCAUACAAAUGAAAAACCUUUUGUAUGUGAAAUGUGUCCUAAGGAAUUUUGGGAGCAAAGCGAAUUAAAAAUGCAUUAUCGUACUCAUACGAAUGAAAGACCUUUUCCAUGUGAUUUAUGUGAUAAGAAAUUCUAUAGAAAAAGUUAUUUAAUCGGACAUUAUCGCACUCAUACAAAAGAGAAACGUUUCACGUGUGAUGUCUGCGGCAGGGCAUUUGCUAAAAAGCGCCACCUGGAUAGACACACCCAUAAUACAGGAACGUUCGAAUGUGACCAGUGUGCAAUGAUAUUUUCUAGAAAGAAACAUUUGGAUUCGCAUUACAUAUCGAAACAUAAUCAAACUUGUACUAAAGAGUAUCUUAAAACUUAUGCUAAACCUUUAGUGUGCGAUGUCUGUGGUAAACCUUUUCGAGAAAAUUAUAAAUUAAAACUUCAUUAUCGGGUUCAUACGAAAGAGAAACCUUUCGUGUGUCAUUUAUGCAGGGAGGCCUUUUCGCGGAUGGAUAGCUUGAUUAUACAUAUUCGCAAACAUACGAAUGAGAGGCCGCAUGUGUGUGAAUUUUGUGGUAAGGGAUUUCUUCGUAAAGGUGACUUAAAUGUUCAUUAUUUAGUCCAUACUAAAGAGAAACCUCUAAAUUGCGAUGUAUGCAACAGAUCGUUUGCUCGAUGGACAGACUUGAAAAGGCACAUUCUAACUCACGGGAUUAGAAAAGCCCCCGUAAAAAAGAGAUCCAAUUCACUUUCAACAGUUGAAGAUUCCGCACCUGAUGAAUCAGAAGUGUCAGUAAAUAAUACAUCAAAGGAAUCAACUUCUGAUACCAAUAUGACAGGAGAAAAAUCUUUGGAUAUACUGUGCGAUACCCCGACCUAGCCAGAGGCUAUGUGGGAAACUUGAUGGGGCCACCGAAGAGCAACCCCAUCUAGCACGAAGGAACAAAUUACACUUGAUGACAUUGGAUCCUUGCAAACAAUAAAAGACCCUCUAGAAAUAAUACAUAGUACAGAUAUGCGUUAUCUCUAGAGGGUUUUUUACUGGAAAUGGAAGAAUUAAGUACUGUCACUGAAAGAAUGGAUCAUCUGAAAUUGUUCGAGAGAAUCAGAAUUAUGCAAUAAAAAGAACCUUGAAAGCAUUCACUUCUGAAUUAGAUAUGGUGGAACACAACGUUUCGGUUGUAGAUGAAUCAAGUAUCGAUACGAAAACAGUUGAUGAACCAUCAGUUCCUGUGGAGGAAAAAAUAACUGAAGUUCCAGAGUCGGAAGAAAAAUGUGUGCCAGAUACUUAAAAACUGAUUUUAAAUAUUUUUAGUUAAAUAAAUUGGUGUAAGUAAAUAUAAUGAAUCGCUUCCUAAAAUCUGAUUUCAAUUAUUUUAAUCAUUUGUAGACGAACUCAUCGGAUGUAAAUAAAUAUUAUUAAUUAUCUUCCAGGAAGUUAUUAGUAGUAUUGCGUUUAUUGAAGUAACUGCACACUCUUUGACCUGAUUGUACACAAGGUACUUUGACUUUUUGGGGCACCAUGUACACAAGGUGCCCCAAAAAGAUUGAAACGUGGUUUAAUUCUUUACUCAUUGGAGAUAAGUGGACGAUGUAAAUUACAAAAUAGUUCAAAAUAAAGCUACGUUAAUAAUUAAAAAAAAUUAACUUUGAUUUUCAAAAAGUUACACUAUUUAAUUUUUUAUACGAUCCUUCUAGACAAAUUUGGUUAAUUAAAAAGGUUUUCUUUUCCAUCCAACAAGACCAUUAGAAAAAGCUGCAUAACUGUGUCUUUAAAAUUAAAUGAACUAUAAUACAGAAAAAAAAAAUUGACUUAUGCCAUUUUUUCACAUCACAUAAAACGCUGUUUCUUCAAUAAAAAUAGGGACCAUAUACAAACUGUAAUGAAAAUUUUUAGAUAAAAAAUGUGAUAGGGUAUGUUUAAAAAAAAGUGUCCAUAGAUAAAGCCUUAAUAGACAGAGAUAAACAGUGGUCUGCCUAUACGAGCAGCGGGACGCAUGCGACUCUCAGUUUUAUUUUAUGCGAUCUUGCACUUGGCGCAUAUAAUUUUAAAAAAGCAUGCAAAAAAGUAGAUAGACAUUUUAUAAAAUAUAUUUUAGAAAGAAAAACAUUUUAACAUGACUAUUUGAAACCGCCAAAUUACAGUUAAAUGAAAGAAAAUAAAUCUUCUAUGAAUUAAUUUGUUAGAAUGUCGUUAUGAAAAAUUAAAACAAAUUAUUUACUUGUAUUUAUUUUGUAUUUUAAUUUUUACAAAUAAAAUCUACAGUCUGAACAUAAAAACACCUUAAUGUACAUGUCGAUACCGCGAAUAUGCCUAAACAGGCAAGAAGGGUUUUAAUGCAAAUAUUAUUAUACGUUUUAUAUUUUUAUAAUAUAUAACAAAUUUUAUUUCUGUUUUGUUGUAUGACUUAUGCAGGGCGUUCAAUUUUUAAUUAAGUAUAACUCGCUCACUUUUAAAGAUACGAGUGUGCGGUUUUUUGUAAUGUCGUUGUUACAUUAAAAAAAAAAUUAAAGCUUUUUAAUUGACUGCGUUUGUCUAGAGGAGUCGCAUAAAAAUUUAAAAAAGUGUAACUUUUGGGAAAUUAACUAAAAGAAAUUUUAUUAACAUGAUUUUAUUUCGUACAUUAUUUUGAACUACUUUGCAAUUUACAUUGACCACUUAUCUCUAAUAAAUAAAGAAUCAAACCACGUCUCAAUGUUUUUGGGACACCCUGUAUAUGAAAAAUCAGUACCAACAACGAAUUCACUUUAUAUGCUUUGAUGUUUCAUAAAAGUCAUAAAUAAUGAGUACUUUUAAUAAAUUAAUUUAAAUUGCUAGUUUUUAUAGGUUUAAAUUAUAUACAGGGUGGGCAAAAAGUCUGUAAAAACUUUAAAAAUUCAUAAAACCCGGAAAGAUAGUCAAAAUAAAAAACGGUUUGAAGGUUUAGCAUUGAUAGGUCACGGGAUUUUUUCUAAGAUAAGAAAAAAAAAUUUAAAAAAACAGCCGACAGAUGGCACUGUACGACUUAGUUGGAAACUAAGAAAUGAACGACUUAGUUGGAAAUAUGUAAAUGAGACAUGCUCUUGAUCCAGAUGGCAUCAGGAUCAGAAGGCAUCUUCGUAGCAUGGCAUGUAAGUGAACAAGGAAUCAGCAACUGUUGCACUGCAUAAAUUCCAACUUCAGAAAAGUGUGAAGACGAAAAGAGCUUUUAACAGUAGCAGGCCUCAUAAAGCUUGUUCAGCAUAUUUUAGAAAACUGGAUCGUGUAAGGUACGGAUAACCAAGUCUAAGGCAGAUACAUUCAGCAUGCAUUGCAGCCGAAAUGGAAACAUUCGUUUCAGAAUCCGCUGCAGGGAUUAGCAGUGCACGAGAAGCUGACAGACGCUUGAGUUUACCACCAUACUUAAUACGCAACAUUCAUCCAUACAAAUUACAGUCUUGCUAUGAACAUUUACAGUCGAAUACCGUAAAGAUAGAAGCAUUUGCGAGAUGAGUUCUGUCCAAAAUUGGAAAAGAUCCCUCCUGAGUCUUUAACAUUUUGUGGAAAGAGGAUGCUCAUUUUUCAGUCCAUGGCGACGUUAGUUAACAUUAGCAGAUGUUGUAAGUUCCCAUGGCCUCCUCGGUCCCCAGAUCUGACACCAGCAGACUUUCGGCUAUGAUGAAAUUUAAAAUCCCAUGUUAUUGAGCCCUUCUAUCCAAUCCGCCAAGAGCUAUCAUGUAUACAGCCAGACAUGCUGCACUCUGCCGCUGCUGGAUUUGUAACACGCCUGAAAUGUAUUAUCACUUGUGUGAUGGAUAUAUGGAAUAUUUAUUGCUAUAAAAAUUGAUUUGGUAACAUUAUUUUU